GGAGACUAGACCUCAUUCACUGUCUUUAACCACCUAUAACUGCCUAUAACCCAGCUACCCAGGCUGACCCUCUGGCUUCUCAAUUAUGUGGAACACUUCUGAGGAUUCCAACUUUUCUUGCUACCACCCAUCAGUAGUGGACUAUCGCUAUGUUGCCGUAAGCUGGGGUGUGGUGGUGGCAGCAACGGGCACUGCUGGCAACCUGCUUACCCUGAUGAUCCUGGGUGCCCAGCCCAAGCUCCGCACCCAUUUCAACCUUCUCAUCGCCAACCUCACCCUGGCCGACCUCAUCUACUGUGCUCUUCUGCAGCCGUUCUCUGUGGACUCCUACCUCUAUCUUCGUUGGCGUACGGGGGCAACUUUUUGCCGGGUCUUUGGUCUCCUCCUCUUUGCCACUAACUCCGUGUCCAUCCUUACCCUCUGCCUCAUUGCCUUUGGCAGAUACCUUCUUAUAGCCCACCCGACCCUCUUCCCCCGGAUCUUCACAUCCAAAGGGGUGGCGCUGGCAUUGGUAGGUACAUGGGUCAUAGGUGUGGCGAGCUUUGCCCCACUCUGGCCCAUCUACAUCCUGGUGCCUGUUGUCUGCACGUGUAGCUUUGACCGAAUCCGGGGCCGUCCUUAUACCACCAUCCUGAUGGGCAUCUACUUUGUGCUCGGGCUCAGUUCUGUUGGCAUCUUCUAUUGCCUCAUUCACCGGCAAGUGAGGCGGGCAGCCCAGGCCCUGGACCAGUACAAGCUUCGCCAGGCCAGCAUCCGAGCCGGACACGUGGCUGGGACUGGAGAAUCCCUGCCUGGACACUUUGAAGAGCUGGACAGUGGUCUGGCAUCAGGGGUGGCCAGUGAGGGGACAUCGUCUGAGCCAGGCAGUACUGCCACCACCCAGACUCUGGAGAGUGACUCAUCUAAGAUGGGAAGCCAGGAAAACAAAGUGUCUAAGGUAGAAAAGGGCAGCCAAGGGGUGACUGCCCCCAUGCCCCGGGCUAAGGUGACUCGGAAGGCCCAAGAUGGCUCGUCAGAAUUUGGGAAGGUGACACGGAUGUGUUUUGUGGUGUUCCUCUUCUUUUCCCUCAGUUAUAUCCCUUUUCUGCUUCUUAAUAUAUUUGAUGCCCGGGUUCAGGCUCCACGAGUCCUGCACAUGCUUGCAGCCAAUCUUACCUGGCUCAAUGGCUGCAUUAACCCAGUGCUUUAUGCAGCCAUGAACCGGCAGUUCCGAGAGGCAUAUGGGUCCAUCCUGAGGCGGGGACCCCAGAGUUUCCGAAGACUCCGGUAACACUUUAUGCACCGGCAGGAAAUGAUUCCACCUUCAUUAACAACAAAGUGGCUAUCAUGGCCAUGAGCACCAGCUAGACAUGUGGAUGUCUUCAUGGCAAUAUUGGACCCCUUCUGUGUCCUUCUUUCUUGCUUCCCCUUGUGCAGCAUUACUAUUAAUAACAGGCUUGGGAUUUGUCUCUUCCAUUGGGCUCCUGACAAAGAGGAACCAGGUCUGGGGCUCAAGCUGGACUGAAAUUUGGAAAGUCUGACUUUUAGACUUGAGCCUGAGACAUCACUCUACCUUUCUUUCAUUUAUAAAAUGGCCUAAACAAUCUCUAAGAUCUUUUUGUUUUAAAAUACUAUAAUCUUAGGAAGGCUAGGGAAAGACAACCAGGAUUCAUAGCUGGAAAAUUUUAAGGCUAAUUAAAGCUAAUUUGCAUACUGA